AUGAGGAAAUUCAUCAGGUAUCUCCAGGACCAGGCCGUCCAAGCCAGCGAGCAAAGGCACUCGGGCGCCGCUUAUUUGUCGCCCGCGACGAAAGAGCCUCAGCAACGGGAGCACCACCACACACCGUCACAGUUCAAAGCGCAACAUACCGCACACCAUCAAACGCGAGCGGGACAUCCCAGCACCGCCGCUCACAGUUUUCCUGCCCACACGUCUGCAGGAGGGCCGCCGUCUCCACCGCAACCGCGGAACUCAAACGGUCAACGAGAGACACCAUCUCCAGAUAUUCCGGACCCUUUACAUCGCAACAUCACCCGUCAUCAAUAUGCUAUGGACAACAUACUGCAAUCGUACGAGAUUUACAUUCCGGAAGCCGACACGAGCCACCACGGCCGAAGACAUUCAAACGCCCCCAAGCAAAAGUACUGGGUUGUGUACAUCCAUGGAGGAUAUUUCCGCGACCCGAGCGUAACCUCGGCAUCGUUCUAUCCUGCCCUGUCGCAAUUGGUGUAUUCUUCUGACCACCAUCAUCUUCAUCUUCCUCAUAUACAUAAUCCAUUCGAGCAUCAGCGCCACCAUGAGGACGAAGACGGACAAGAACACGUUACCAAUCCUUUUUCGGAUCCGAGACACAGAUACGGAGAGCUGCAUGACAGCCACGAUAGUGAUAUCGAGGACGGCCAUGACGACGAAGACAUAAGGCCUUACAUUGCAGGUUACGCAUCCAUCAAUUACCGCCUCUCACCGCACCAUCAAAAAGCACCGCAGGACCCAACCAAAACCCCAAAAUAUGAGCUCCGCGACGCCCGUUGGCCGGACCACAUCCAUGACGUGGUCCAGGCAAUCGCUCAUUUACAGCAGAAAUAUGGAUUUGGGGAGAAUUACUUGCUUGUCGGACACAGCGUGGGUGCCACUAUGGCUGUGUUGAGUACGCUUUCUAGAGGGAAGACAUUCACCAGCGGGACAAAAGCUGCUUCUGCCACGCCUGCACAGGGUGGAAAGAGCAGUAAAGGCCGACGAAAAAUCCGAUUCGGAAAGGCGAAAAAGGGAAACACAGAAUCGAAGAAUGACGACAAGGGCAGCAAUGGCACCAGCGAUAGCGACAGAAGCAGCAACUCCAGUGGCGACGAGCACCCCGCGUCUACCUCGUCCAGCUUUGCUGACAUCGACCCUCCGCUAGCCGUCCUCGGCGUCUCGGGCAUCUACGAUUUCGAAUACCUCCACAAGACAUUCCCUUCGUAUAUCGAAUUGACGAGGAACGCGAUUCCCAAUUCCGAGGAUUUUGCCCUUGCCAGUCCUGCGUGGUACAGUGCUGAUGAAUAUGCUGAACUCUGGGCCGGCGGCGGCGCUGGAACUGGAACAAAACUACCAUCCGAGGCAGGAAGUGGAAAUGGACCGCAAACAGAUCGACGACAAGGAAGACGAACUCAAGCCCAAAGCCGAGCCCUGAUUCUCGCCCACUCGCACGACGACGGCCUCGUCGACUGGUCGCAAGUCGAAGCUAUGGAGAGGGUAUUUACCCCUAGGGGCAAUACCGUCACCGACGAUGGCAACGACAACAAGAUAUCCGUUGAGACUCUCGAGAUCAAAGGUCAACACAAUGAUAUCUGGGAACAAGGCACCGAACUCGCCCGGGCGAUCCGUCAUGGUGUGCGAGUCAUGCGUCGUCUCGAUUCGCAACAUGAUGAUGACAAUGACAACAACGCACAGUGA